AUGUCAACCAAAGCCUCAACACAAACCAUCACAACCGCCUCGCCGGAAUCCCUCAUCUCGCGCCUCAUAAUCGGACCAGUCCUCUUCAUCUCUUUCUUGGUCUCCCUCUUCCUCGUCGACAAGAAGAUCUACACCAGCAUCUUCGGCUCCGACAGCAAGCAGGGAGGCUACUACCACUCCCACCAACGGAAAUUGGCCAAGUCGGAAAUGGACCAAGCAUUCCAGCAGAAGAACCGCGUUAUUGCUGGGCUGUGUAUGGCGAGUGGUGUUGCUGUUGCGGUAGUGCUGUGGGGCAUUGGCGCUGCAUGGAUGUAUCUUGGGCGGCGUGCUGGUGGCGUUGCUGUUUGA